AUGACUUUGGAUUCUGAAUGGGUUGUAGUUCACCGCUUAGCGCUGCUGUCUGGAAUUGAACCCCAGAACAUACACUGCUGCAUACAAUCUUGUAUCGCUUAUACGGGACAAUAUGUUCAUGAUGAAAGAUGCCCCUUUUGCAAUGAAGGCCGAUAUACCAAACACGGACAUCCUCAACGCACAUUCAUGUACAUUCCUCUUAUUCCUCAACUUCAAGCUCUCUUUCAUAAUCCCACCAUAAUUGAACAAAUGGCUUAUCGGCACAACUUUGUACAGAGUGAUAGGCUUAUCAGGGAUGUGUUCGAUGGCAAGUGGUACCACAAACUUCGCUCCCGUCAUGUUGUUGUAGACGGUCCACAUGACAGACGUCGCGGGGGCCCAUCUGCUACUCCCAUCCUUCUACAAAAUUUCAACCUCCCUCCGCAGAUCCGAACUCGCCUAGAGAAUCUCAUCUGCGUUGGAUCUUUCCUUGCUCCCUUCGAUGAUGAGCGUGCUGUUCUCGCCGAUGGAGACGGUGAUAUUGUUGCUAUCGAAAAGCUAUUAAACAUCAAGGGUCACAAUGCAAUACAAGGAGUACAAAAUAUCACUGGCCACGGCAAACCUCGGCCAUCUCUUGACCCUCGCCAUCUGCCUCUUCACUCACACCAGAGCUACCUUAAGACACACAACAAAUUACAGUCAGCCACAACAAGAACAGAGAAAGCGGCCAUUGCCAAGCAGACUGGUAUUCGCGGCCCCCCUGCACUACGACGUGUGGAAUCAUUGGACUACUCAAAAUCAUUUCCAUAUGAAUGGAUGCAUCUGUUUCUGGAGAACAUUGUGCCUACCCUCGUAAAUCUGUGGACUGGUCGUUUUAAAGGCCUUGAUUCUGACGACAUUUGGGAAGAAAUUGGAGCUGAGACAGUGGGCGCCAUCAAGGACAUCCCUGCAGCCUUUGUACGGGCCCUUGGAAAUAUUGCUCAUGACCCAUGGGGAUUUUGGUUCAUGUACCUGGCCCCAAUCAUACUCAAGGAUCGAUUUGAAGAUGUGAAGUACUAUGACCACAUGUGUGAACUUGCAGGGAUGAUGAAGAAAAUGCUGCAAUUCCAGCUUACUCAUGAGGAUCGAUUGUCAACAUGCACCCUCCCCAUCCAUGGUCUACUUCACGUGGCAAGUGGGAUACGCUUCUGUGGACCAGUAUGGACAAGCUGGACAUUUUACAUGGAGCGCUACUGUGGCUUUCUCCAGGCUCACCUGCAUUCGCGCCAAUUUCCUUGGAGUAAUAUCAGUCGGCGGGUGUUGUAUAUGGCCUAUCUGACCCAAGUGACAGUAAAAUAUGACCUUGGCGAAGACUUUCGGUUUUUGAUACAUGUAUGUGCUUGUCUAUCUAUCAACUGA